UACACAUUCAGGAAAUGGUAAAUUUAUUGGCAGCAUGCCCACUGCUAGGCCUACGACGACGUCUAGAACUGUUUUUACAGUAAUUUCGCCGUCUGUAACCGAGGGGAAAACAGUGCACACACAACACACUUUGCUGCAGCCACACAGACGGGGCUAGUUCGCUGUCCAAGGUGCUGAAGUUGAUCAUAUUUGCGUUACAGCCAUAAACCAAGGAGUAGCUAAUAAUAUGAGCGUAAACACCGUGCCCUGUACCGUGAAGCCUACUGUCACCUUGCAGAUUGGAGAUGCUGAGACUGAUUCAUCUCGUCCCGGUGUCUAUGUCAUAGACGUUACACUUCCUAUAGGACAGACUGUCAACAUCCAGGAGAUCUCCUUUAAGAACUACUACACAGCAUACGUGUCUGUGCGUCUACUGAGGAGAGAUGGGGAGGGGGCUGCUAAAUGGGCCACAUGUCUGAGGAACCACUGUCUGAUGCCCAGCCCACAUACUGAAGAGGGUUCACAAGACUACUGCUCUGUCUACCGUCAACAGAUGCUGAUUGAACCAGACAAUGUGACUUCAGUGAGACUGAUCCUACGACAGCCGUCAUCAGCCUGGCUGAAUUUCAGCGUGGAGGACAUCAAAAUACACCCCUGUUUAAACGAGGAUUCAGAGUGGGACAUUCCUGAUUGGUUGUCAGACCUCACACAGGUGGACCAACUGUGUGAUUUACAGGGUCUUCCAGAUCCUCAGACGGUAUCUUGCAGUAUUCAGCAGAUGUGGGCGUUAACAGAGGUCAUGCAGACCAACCAGACCACUGCUUCCAUAGGCCGCUUCGAUGUUGAUGGCUGCUACGAUAUCAACUUGUUGUCCUUCACUUAACAAGAAAUUGACUGGAGGUUAAUUUUACAUGGUGUUGAUAAAAUGUGAAGAUCACCAUUGUUAUCUCUCCCAAAGUGUAUUUGAUUCAUUUUCCGACGAUGUUAUAUUUAAGUUUUCUGAAAAGUAUGUUUAUUUAUUUGUGAAACACUGUCAACUUUUUUUUUUUUU